GGGCCGAAGCCGGGGGGGCAGUCCCACGUGCCUCCCCCUCCUCCUCCUCCGCAUGCCUGCGAAGGCCGAGGAAGCUUUUUAGCAACUGCGGCUGCCAGCGUCGCCGCCGCUGCCACCUCUCCGAGAGCUCGCCUUGCUAUUCUCCGGCAGCGGCUCUUCUGCCUUGAACGGGAGAGCGGGAGGCACAAAGGGAGAGCCUUGAGUGUGUGGGGGGGGGGGCGCUCGGGGGCGCCAGAGAAGUGCAGCGAGAGGAGGAAGUAGAAGAGGAGGAGGAGGAGGAGAAAAACAAGCACCUGGGGCUCGGCUGCUCGCCUCGCCUCCGUUCUUCCCCCAACCCCUCCGCCCGCCUCUCAUGCCAUUACAGCAACAAAGAGCACGCUGAGCAGCGGGCGGAGAGGCGCCCUGGCUCCGAGCUCCGUCAGCCCAGAAGGCGGCGGAGGACCAUGGCUAGGAAAGGGGAUGCCGCUGUCUCUCCUUACGGUGAACCCAGAAAAUUUGAUCCAAAGUUCAGCGGACCUAUUCACAACAGGCAUUGCACAGAUGUAUUGUGUUGUGGGAUCUUCGUUGUUGUCAUCCUGGGUUACAUUGCAUUAGGAAUUGUGGCCUGGGUACAUGGUGACCCAAGAAAAGUUGCCUAUCCAACUGAUAGCUAUGGGCAGUUCUGUGGUCAAAAAGAUACACCGAAUGAAAACAAAACAAUUUUAUUUUAUUUUAACAUUCUGAAAUGUGCCAGUCCUAUAGUGCUAAUAAACCUACAGUGCCCUACAACACAGCUUUGUGUUUCAAAGUGCCCAGACAGAUUUGCAACCUACAUAGAAAUGCAAUCUUCCUACAGAAGUUAUUGGGAGUACUACAAACAGUUUUGCAAGCCUGGAUUUACUAAGCCACGCAAGUCUGUAACUCAAGUUAUGCGUGAUGAAGAUUGUCCUUCUAUGAUUAUUCCAAGCCGGCCUUUUCUUAAGAGGUGCUUUCCUGAUUUCUCUACUAAAAAUGGAAUUCUGACUGUGGCCAACCAAACUACUUUCAAAGAUGGAAGAGGAAAAACACGGAAUGUAACAGAUCUCAGGGAAGCAGCAAAUGGCAUCAAUAAUGUUCUUGAUGCAAGAUCAGUUGGGAUGAAGAUUUUUGAAGACUAUGCGAGCUCUUGGUACUGGAUUUUAAUAGGGCUGUUUAUUGCAAUGGUAGUCAGCUUGCUCUUCCUUGUGCUUCUGAGAUUCAUAGCAGGAGUUCUCUUCUGGAUUUUCAUCUUUGGUGUAAUUGGGAUUAUAGGCUAUGGUAUCUGGCAUUGCUACUGGGAAUAUCAUCGCCUUCAUGGAAUACCUGGUUCUGAUCUUACCAUCUAUGAUAUUGGAUUCCAGACAGAUUUCAGGGUCUAUCUGCAACUGAGGCAAACAUGGUUAGCAUUUAUGAUACUACUUUGUAUAGUGGAAGUUGUCAUUAUACUGAUGUUAAUAUUUCUGAGAAACCGAAUUCGGAUUGCAAUUGCCCUUUUGAAAGAAGGUAGCCGGGCAAUUGGUUACAUCAUGUCUACAUUAUUCUAUCCAAUUAUAACUUUUAUUCUUAUUGCCAUCUGCAUUUCAUACUGGGCAGUGACAGCUGUUUUCCUGGCUACCUCAGGAGAACCUGUGUACAAAGUUAUGGCUAAUCAAAGCUUAUGCAAGUAUGCAAAUUUGACCUGUUAUCCAGAGACUUUCAACACUACUAAUGUGACCAAACUAUGUCCAGGGGCACAAUGUACAUUUGCUUUCUAUGGGGGAGAAAGCCUAUACCACCGCUACAUCUUAGUCUUUCAAAUUAUCAAUGUGUUUGUCUUUCUCUGGCUGGUCAAUUUUUCAAUCGCAUUGGGUCAAUGUACCCUUGCUGGUGCCUUUGCUUCUUAUUAUUGGGCCUUCCGAAAACCUGCUGACAUCCCACCCUGCCCUCUCUUUUCUUCAUUUGGACGAGCAAUACGGUAUCAUACAGGUUCUUUAGCAUUUGGCUCAUUAAUUCUUGCAGUUGUUCAACUAAUUAGAGUAAUCCUGGAAUACCUUGAUCACAAACUUAAGGGCUCACAAAAUGCAUUUGCUAAGUUCUUGCUUUGCUGCCUCAAAUGCUGUUUUUGGUGCUUGGAAAAAUUCCUUAAAUUUAUAAACAGGAAUGCUUACAUCAUGAUUGCAAUCUAUGGUAAAAACUUCUGCACCUCAGCAAGGGAAGCGUUCUUUCUUCUCAUGAGAAAUGUGGUGAGGGUUGCAGUCCUGGAUAAAGUAACAGACUUCUUAUUAUUCUUGGGUAAACUCCUCGUUGCUGGAGCUGUGGGUGUCCUAGCCUUCUUUUUCUUCACACACAGGAUACCAGCAUUUGCACAAGAAGCACCUUCACUGAAUUAUUAUUGGGUCCCUCUCUUGACUGUCAUUAUAGGGUCGUAUCUGGUUGCACAUGGAUUCUUCAGUGUCUAUGCAAUGUGUGUUGACACACUUUUCCUCUGUUUUUGCGAAGACUUGGAAAGGAAUGACGGAUCUACAGCAAAACCUUACUACAUGUCAGCUAGUCUGCACCGGAUUUUGGGGAAGAAGGAACUGAGUCCCAAAAAGUUAAUGGGAUGAUGAUCAAAAUUGCAACAGUGCUAGUUUUAAGGAAGGGGGGGGGAUUUAAAAGCAAAAUGCGUAUAAUUUAGACAAAAGAUUUUUUUAAAGUAUGACGCUUCUGGUUAAUAAAUCAUUUGUGUUGCUUUGUACUAUCUAAAAAUAAGCAAACAGGCAACAUUUUCAAGACGUCUUUUAACCGCUGUGAAAUAAGGUCACAUCAUAGUUUUUAUAGAGUGCCUAUGGGAAACGUGUAAAUGUGAAGCUUCUUUUUUUUAACCUUUAGCUCUUAGUGUUUUAAUAACUUUUCUAACCUGAGAUUUUGCUGUCUGAAAUGACAGCCAUUUUGAUAACUUUUUUUAUAGGUGUAUAUUUGUAAAGGAUAUUCAGGCAAUUUUUCAAAGCACUACAAUGUAUCCUAAUUAGCCAUAAACAUAUCAAGAUUAUCGGUAACCAGCAGGUGGUCCUAAAUUUGUAAUGAUGGUGCUAUGGCUGUAUUUUUACUGUAUGUGCUGAUUGACAGCUACUUAAACUGUGACUAAAAUAUAUUAAUAGUUCCCUGUGAGGAAGGGCACAUUGCUAAUUCAGUUGCCUCCUAAAAGUUGAGAUAGAGAUAAAUUGGGAUACUGCUGAUUUCUCUCUCUCUCUCUCAAAAAAAGGGUAAAGAUUCUUUAAAUAUCUUUCAAUUUUUUUUAAAAAAAGAAUGUUACGCCAAUAUCUAUUAUUCAUUUUUUUAAAAAUGUAAGUCAUGCAAUAGCCCCUGUUCACCACCAGAUGCAAUAUUUAUGAGUGCAGUUGCAAAAUGUUAUUAAUAAUACUGGAUAAGAGUGCCACGAUUUUAUAUGCCCUAUGUAAACAUUUUUUCUAGAAAAAAUAUCAAUAAAAUAAAUAUUUUUUUCCCCUAUGGAAGAAAUCCUUGUAAACAAGCUUGAUCUUAACUAACUUGGUCUUCUAGAGAUUUGUUGGAACUUCUUCCCUACCAGUUCAACCUUUGUUUAGUGUAUCUUUGAAAGAAGGUUGAUCUGAUCUAAAACUCAAAUCAUUUGCUUUUUGUCAUAUGUUUUUCUCCUUCUUCUGCAUGACAAAAGACAAAGAAUUAAGGAUCAUUUGCCUUUUAGAUCCCUCUUGCAUUAUUAAAUGAACAUGUGAUCAUUUUUCAUUCAGAGAGGAAAGAAACAAGAGAGAUAUAAUAUGAAUGAAUAUUCCUUGUAGCUGAAGUAAAAAAAAACCUGGUCUUGAGUCUCAUAGAAAACAGCCUAAUGAGUAAAUAUCAAACAUUAAUAUCCUGCAUCAUAAAAUAGAACGCACCCCUGGAAAGAAAAAUGCAAUUUUCUUAUUCAUCACCGGAAUUCAAAAUGCAAUUACAUCAUUAAUCCCAUUUUAUAUUAAUAAAAGCUGGGGAGAGAACAUAUUCUAAGCAGAGUUCCUUCACAGUCAUGCUGCUUAUUUAGGAGUUGUCUCAUAUGAACUUUUAUUUCUGUUAAACAUUGAAACAAUGGAUAGCCUUAGUUAUGCUGUUUCUCCUGGAUCAUGAGAGGCUUUUGAAAUAAUACAUUGAAAUAAUAAUAUUGAAAUAAUAAUACAUUUAAUACAUUGUAUUAAAAAUACGUAAUCAUGAAUUUCAUUAUCUCCUCAUGACAUUAUGCUCUAUCAUUAAUACGUGGGAGAUUGGUCUCAGUUCUGAUUGAAGCUUGUGUCCAGAUUUGCAUUGGUAAUUCUACUUUUUUCUCUAACUUAUUGCACAAAUGCCAAGCUUAUCCUUCUAAAACUGGACCCUCCAAAAUUCAUUGAACUGAACAGCCUAGUUCUACCAUUAAGCUGGACUUGGUUUUAAGAUAAUUGGGGAGUUCAACCAAUAUUAAUUGGACUAAUAUAGAAUCUUAGGUGGGUUUUCCCCCCAACCUUUUAACUCUUCUGUUGCAAAGAAGCUUUUCCUGGAAGUCCAUUCUGUUAAAAGGAGCAACUUAUUUCCAGGUGAGAAUAUUUUUUUUGAGAAAGGUGCUAUCAGUCUGGAAUAAAUCAUGUAGAUGCACUCAGCUGAAUGCCCAUUUCACUGAGUACAUUUUCUUUUUCACCCAGACAAGUGUAAUUCAUCCAGAUUUGCAGAUAGUUAGCUUUCCUGGAGGAGGGAAUAUUUUGCUAAUGCUACCUACUUCAGCAAAAACUGUUUUAGAAGAUUGAGGAACGCUCUGGGACAACAGGAGUGAUGCAGGAGGAACCAGGACCUGCUUAGAGUCAUUUGUCCUUUCCUCAAUUGGAUCCUCCAAAAGAGUCUGCCUGCCCUACCCUAAUGGAAUGGUCCUUUCCAUUUAGAGGAAGGCAGAUUUGUUCCCUUCUGUGCUACUAAAAUGGAGAGCAAAUUAGUUUCCCUGCAAUGCAAAUAUACAAAUCAAAAGAUGACUAGAGCCUCUUAAUUACAACAAUCAUUGAGCACUGAUCUGAGUGCUAUCUAUUGGGAAUGUCUCCAGAAGGCAACUGUUAUCCAUGGGUAACUGGAGAGAAGAUUGAAUCAUAUGUAAUUCAUUUUUUUUUAAAAACAACAACAUGUUUUUCCCUUGUAACGCCUGUUCAAACUUUAGGUUAUGGCUAUAUGUGAACCCAGCUAGCAUGCUGUCCACAUAGUGUUAAUAUCUUGGGAUAUAUAGUAGAGGUGGUAUUCAGCAGGUUCUGAACCAGUAGCGGAAAUUUUGAGUAGUUCAGAGAACCGGUAAAUAGCACCUCUGAUUGGUCCCACCCCCGUCUGUCUCCCAGUCCCAGCUGAUUGGGAGGAAAUGGGGAUUUUGCAGUAUGUUUCCCCUGGAGUGGGGUGAGAAUGGAGAUUUUACAAUAUCCUUCCCCUGCCAUGCCCACCAAGCCAUGCCACGCUCACGGAACCGAUAGUAAAAAAUUUUUUAAUCCAACAACUGAUAUAUAGUAGGCAAAAUCAUUGAUUUAGUCCUUGCUAAGCAUGUCCUUGCAUAUUAAAUCUUCGCAUUAGUCUUAAACGUUUUCAGUUGAGAUAAAUUGAUGAUAUUCAUUUGAAAAACAGGAAGAUUGCACUUUUAAGUCAUAAUGCAACCAUCAGACAUCUUUAGGUGUCUUUAGGAAUUGUUAGGUAUAACACUGGAUUGUUUCUAAAUAAUUAGAACUGAUUCUAACAAUUAUUAGAACAGAAGUGACAUCUGGAAAAUGUAUGUUGUUAUCAUACUGAUUAAAACAGGAGCUUAGCAAUCAAUCCAAAGCUGCUAACACAUAAAGGAGGAAAAACAAACUAAAAAUUUGCCAAAGAAGUCACAAAAUUACUUUUUUUCCACAUUUAUUCUGGCCUGGUUUUUAUUUAACAGACCAUGGUUAAAAUAAACUAUGAUUUCAUAUGUGUGAGCACAGCAGAUAGGCUGUACUUGAACAAGUAAACCCAGUCAGAAAUAAAAUGGAGAAAUGCCCUUAAGGGAAACAUUCUGGAGUCAUUUUGAUAACUAAACAAAAAAAAAAGUGAAAAUGCUAAGCAAUAGCACUGAAAUUUGGCUGCCAUUCAGCCAAUCUGAAAUGUUCAAUAAUGGCAAAGUGUACAUCUGAUAGGCAAAAUUCCUGAAUAUCUUUCUCAGAAAUGAAUGAGCAUUAAUGUGCAAACUAAGUAAUAAUUUAUUUUUGAAAGGCAAAUAGCUUUGAACUUUGACUGAUGUGUUUCUUAAUCCUUAGGACAAACCCUGCCGGUUUGUUAUAGUGUCCAUUUUAUGCAUAUAGUGCUUUAACAUAAAGCUAAAGCUUGAUCAAAUGCACUUCCUUGCUUUAGAGAAGUCAUAAUGUACUAGAGAAAUCAUUUCUUGAUGAGAUGAUAACAUUGAAAUAGGCUUGGAUCCUGCACUCCUUCAAAUCAAGAGCCGAGGCAAAGGCCUUCUUGAUGGAACUGGUGCAGCAUCUAGCCCACCUGAUCCUAAAGGGCUGAUUAUAUUAUUGCGCCAGUGUUUACAGUAUAAUAAAUGCCAAAACAUCCCAUGUGUAAUAUAUAUCUUGCCAGGCGUUUGCUGUUGUGCACAAAAGAGCCAGCAGAUGGAAGUAUUGGAUUGGUUUCAUUUUUUGCUCUCUGCCUUUCUUCCUUCCUAGUGGGAGAUUUAGAAAGUCAGGAUGGUUCUACCAAAAGACCUUAUUACAUGAGUAAAUCUCUGCUGAAGAUACUCAACAAGCAUAACAUGCAAAGCAAAAGACAUUAGAGAAGGUGGACUGUCCUGACCACAGCAUUGCAUUGGGUCUGGUGCAUUGUUUCUGCAAUACGUUGUCAGCUUUUACUUGUGCAAGUUUUAUACCAAAGCUAUUGUACCCCGUGAAACCAUCUGAGUUUGUCGUGACACCAAUCUUUAAAAUUCCAGGGACAGAGGAAACAGGAGAGACUUCUUUUUCCCCCACUUCUCUCUCUCUCUCUCUUGAUUUCUCUUUUUAAUUACUGUGGCUUGGAUAUUAAAAUGUUGGCUGUUGUUUUCUUUAUUUUUCUUCUUUUAAAAAAGAGGUAUGAAAUGUUUUACUGUUAAAAAUUUUGUCCUAGGUGAGUAAACAAGAUUUUUCAAAACCAUGUUAAGAGUUUCCAAGGAAGAAAACCUGUAAAUGUCCUUUUUCAAUAUAUAUGGUCAAAGAAUAUGUAAAUGUAUCUUGAACUGCAUUUCAAGUUUUGUCACUUUCCUAGCCUGUACAGCUGUGUGCUCCAAUACAAAGUGCCUUACUGGCUAUUGGUAUCAAUUAGUUUAUGUUCCAAAGUUUACAAGCACCAUUUGAACCAUUAAUCUACUAUUGCUUGAAACAAAAAAACUCUCUUUUGAUUUACUUGAAAGUAUUGGUGGUCUUAUGUAGUUGUAAAUGUUAUAAAAUCUGUAUUUUCCCACCUCCAUCUGCUCUAAAAGCAAAGCAGUGGGUAAUAUAAUAUUUAGGUUUUUCAGCUUAGUUUUAUCCAGCUUGAUUUGUAAUUCAGGAUAUUGAGUCUCUGCUGACUUUCCACUUCAAAAUGUGCUGCAACCCACAUAUCAACCUUGUUCUGGGGCGUUGAUUCAACUUCCUCAAUCCAGAUCAGAAAUAGGUAUGCCAACUUUUCAGCCAGAUGUUUUAUCUAUCUUCCAAGCGGCAAUUUGAUCCACCACAAUUAAGGAUAAAUAUUUAUUUCCUUUCUAAGAAAUAUUAUCAGAUGAUUCUAAUUUUAGAAAGUCUUUCCUGCAAAAGAAAAAUAGAUUAGAUAGAAAAACUUCCAGAGCAAUGCCGAGAUCUGCAUCCCACUUUUCCCCAAUCUAUCUAGGGUGGCAUCAACUCCAUUUAGUGACUGUUUGAAGUUACCACAGCACUGACAAGAUUGACCUAGGACCCAUUUUCGUACAACCACUGCAGCAUCCCCCAUAGUCAUGUGGUCAACAUUCAGGUGCUCGGCAACUGGCAUGUAUUUUUGAAGGUUGCGGUGUCCCAGGGUUGUGUGAUCACCAUUUGUGACCUUCCAGCUUCCAACAAGCAAAGUCAGUAGGGAAGCCAGACCCACUUAACACUUAACCACAACAACUGUAGCAUAAAGGUCAUAAAAUGAAAGAAUUCAGUUAACAACUGCCUAGCUUAACAACAGAAAUUUUGGACUCAAUUAUAGUCAUAAGCCGAGGACUAUCUGUAUAACUGAAUAUGAAAAACAAAAAACACAUUUCCUUCCUUCCUUCCUUCCUUCCUUCCUUCCUUCCUUCCUUCCUUCCUUCCUUCCUUCCUUUUCCCAGCAAAAGAAGAAACAUAAAGGAUAUGAAGUGAGGGAAAUGGGUAGAUGUGCAAGAAAGUGGGUGGGGGGAGCCUAAUUUAGGAAUUGCACAAAAGCCUGAAAACUUAUUUCGCAACUCUUCCUCAUUUCAAGUUAUUCAAAGUGCUUGUGCUUUUCUGCAGCGAUGUUUGCACUCUCUGCCCAUUUUUUGGGGGGGGGGUUUAUUAGCCAACCUAGGAAGAACCUUGCUCCCUUUUACAGAUUUGAAGGAGCAUGAAACAGCUGCUCCAGUUACAGCCACAGGGAUCAGCUGUGAAGUUGGCAGUCUUACAGACAAACUCCCAUGUGAACGCUGGAGGAAAAAGAAAUAUUUUUCUUGUUUGGCCUUGUAUGUGUGAUGCCUGUAGAUAUCUCGGCUUUCAGAGCUGAUGAAAACCAUGUCGGGUUUGUGGGUGGGAGGCGGGGGGUUGCUUCGUAAAACAGAGCUCCGAGCCUGCGGCUUGAGCGGAGUAGGGCUGCACCUUUGGCAUUUGUAUGCAGGCUCAGAUUACCAUUCUGUUCGUUGUCUGCAAAUGCCCACCUCAUGAUUAGCUCAGAGACGCCCCCCUUCAAAGCAUAGAAAACAUGGGUGCCAAACUGUAUUGCAAUAUUGUUUUGGCCAUCUCGCUGGGCAGGAAGGAAUAUUUUCAAGGAAUAGAUGCUUGGAAGAGCAUUUUGCAAAGUAGUCCUCUGAACACUACUGCCAUUUUAGUAAUCAUUAUUCUGAAGUUACAUGAGCGAAUGUUACACAGGCAGUGGCAGUCGUGACUGGAUAGCACUGCUACUUAACCACAGGUAGAAUGGGUAUGUCCCUUUCGUUUUGCACGUGCCCUUGCUUGCAUCAGGACAAUUAUAGCUCUUGUUAAUUUCAAUCACGAUGCAUAAAUACUACUUAACAAAACAUACAAUAUUGCAAUUUUUUAAAAAGUAUUUCUUAGGUCUAACAGGACAAUAGGACAUCUAAGAGUAUAAACCUUACAUGUUUACUCAGAUUUAAGUCCCACUGAAUUAAAUGAAACUUGUUUGUUUCCUACAGCUAUCUCAUACUCUGCUCAGUGUUACAAUGUUAGAUACAAAGCUUAACUGAAUUUAUUUGGUAGCAAAUCCCCUUGCUUCUGAAUAUCUGUGCCUAGGUUCAUGGAAUUAAGGGUAAAUUCUGGCUUUAUUAAAAUUAGAAACACUCAUUAUUGCCCCUGGAAUCAAGAUAUAUUUUUAGAGCCAAUUAUACAUCUUGUAUUUCCAUUCGCUAAUUAGCUAAGUCAGAACCACUUCAUCAUCAAUUAUUCUAUAAUUUAGAGUCCUGCUUUGUAAAGUACAAGAAACUGGAACAAGGAGAUACAUAUAGUACACUGGUGUAAAGUAUUUAUUGCUUUGUUAACAGGUAUUAAAAGGCUAUUUCAUUUCUAAAAUCCAUCUAAAGAUAAGAUGUUAUUUUAAAGGAUGAGUUUUAAUUUUCUAACUUUUGAUACAAUCUAUUAUUCCCCUUCUCAAAUGUUAAUUAACAUUUAUAGUUCAUGGUAAUAAAAGAGAAACUUAAUAGCUUCUUAGUUUCUGAGAUGUAUAUUUAAUACUUCCUUAAACAAUGCAGCCUGUGAUAAGGGGUACAUCACCAUUUCAAAUAUGUACUCGUAAUUUGCAUGGUAAGAAAUGAAAGACAUUUUCUGUUUCUUGGCUGAUCACAUUUCUACUUCAAAUGUGAUUUUUAGAGACUGUUUUUGUGCCCAAACCAAAUUAACUUGAGCACAUGGCCGUCUGAACUUUAAAAUCUAUUUGCUUCUGCUGUGCAGAAAUUUUAGAAACAUAUUGUUGAAAAUAUCUUUACAGAACUUAAUAUUUAACACAAGUUGUUGUUACUUAUUGUUUAACAGCUCUUAAGAUUUGUUCUAAUAAAGGUUUAGAUAUAAAAUGAUCACUCUGUUUUUGUCU